GGUCUCUUAGCACACAGAGGUCCCUUAGCACACAGGGGUAUCUUAGCACACAGGGGUCUCUUAGCACACAGGGGUCUCUUAGCACACAGAGGUCUCUUAGCACACAGGGGUAUCUUACCACACAGGGGUCUCUUAGCACACAGGGGUCUCUUAGCACACAGGGGUCUCUUAGCACACAGGGGUCUCUUAGCACACAGGGGUCUCUUAGCACACAGAGGUCUCUUAGCACACAGGGGUCUCUUAGCACACAGGGGUCUCUUAGCUGUUUAA